GUUUUAUGCCGGAAAAAAGAGGCACCCUUAUAACCACAACAUCGAUAGUCCAAUGUCCAUCCGAACCAUCCAACACCGUUCCACGGCAGAUUUGAUCGUCCCAAUACGGGCCAGCAAUUCAUUGACGCCCGCCAGAGCACAAGGCUCAUGGCAGAUGAAGCAGAGGCCUCUGCCCCUGCAGCUGAGACUUCUCCUGUCAAGGCGGAGGCGGAGGCCUCGCCGCCGGGACCCGCGGUGAACCAAGAACUCGCGGAGAUCCGACUGCGGCACCGGCAGAAGUUUCAGGAGCGUGAGCAACAAGCAGCUGAGGAGGAACGGAAACGUGAGCAGGAGCAGCGAGAUGCGCAGCUGGCAGAGGAGUAUGCCAAGGAAGAAGAGGAGGCCAGGCUCCGGCAAUUGGAGGCAGACGAGGAGUAUUCUCGGCAACUGGCUGCCCAGCUCAACCCUGGAGGCAGUGUGCCCUCGCGCCAAGAGUAUGGCGGAGGAGGUGAGACGACGGUGCCCACGGUGCCCACCGAUGAUGCUGAGCUGGCCGCCUACUACCAACAGCUGGAGGACGGCGAGGCGGAGGGCUAUCGCGCGCCCAUGCGCACGAACUACAUGGAGCGGCUCAUCGAAUCGCCACAGGCGGCGGCCGAUCUCACCUGGGCAUGGGCCAUGCUCCAGCGGGAAGAUGACGCCCGCGCGCCCAUGGUCUCCUCGGAGCCCUUGACUGCGCGGCCCAGCAUCUCCCGGGCGCGGCUGCUGGCGGUGCCGACGAUUGCGGUGGGAGCAGCUGGCUUCGCCCUUCUCCUUUACUUCUUGCAGAGUUAGGACACGCCGGGAGUACUUCUGAACCCGGCACACAGCGGAGGAUGGCUGAUGGCGGCCUGUUUGUCCUUGCAAUGCUGAGAAAGAUCAACUUCAAGAACUGUUGGCCUGCGGAUGCAUGAACGAGC